GAAAGGAAACUAGGUAGGGUAGCGUAACGCGUUCUUAACUUUAAGCAUGCAAAAUUUAGGGCCAAUCGCAUGUCAAAAUAGAAUAUUAACUCUUGCAAGAUUUUACUUGUUAUUUAUUAUCGCUUCUAAUAUGCCAAUUGAAAUCAUAUUUCACUGUGCCACAUAUACAUUUGAUGUCAAUUUUUCAGCUACAACUUCAAUUCCUACCCCUCCAAGUCCAAAUGAUACCUGCGUAGCUAACGCUGUCGAAGCAUUGGUCCUGGGCAACUUAGAUUUCACCCCAAAAGUACUUGAUAGCCUGAGGCAACGUAACGACGGUGACGUUUUCGUUGGCGGAGUAGCAAUUCUUUUCAUGAUGUCACAAUUGGCGUUGUAUGCAUCGAACGCCGCGAGCCAACAGAUAUUGAAUGCUAUGAGAUUUAAUGAUACUGAACAGAUCCGAUGCUUAUUUGCGGCAUUUGGUGGAGGUCCAAAAAGGCGAGCGCGUGAAGUGGAUCUCAACUUAUACACCUUCAGUAAAAUUUAUGCUGGCAAUGAUUAUCCUCUGACUACACAAGCUCAGGAUGAAAUUCAAGAACUUUUUGAUGUGGGACCAGAAAAUGUGGACUUUAAUGCUCCCGGUUCGGCAGAGAAAAUCAAUGACGAGGUAGCUAGAAAUAUGAACAACACAGUCGUGGAUUUUAUCGAACCAGAAAUAUUGCCUUAUUUCGACAGUUUGCUGAUGUUGGAUGCUUUUUACUUGAAGGGUGAAUGGCUGAAACCUUUUAAUUAUAAAGAUACACAAUUUCGCUAUUUCUUUGGGGCUAAUAAUAUAGUCAGAAAACCGACUAUGUAUCAACGAGGGACGUUUUUGUAUUAUGAUAGCGAAAAGCUUGGCUGCCAGAUAAUGAAAUUGUUAUAUAAAGCCGACCCAGAUUUCAAAGUAGCGUUCUUGCUACCAAGAUCCACACACGGUUUGCCAGAUUUGAUAAACAGGCUCAAAAAUGGCGAUGAUGCCGCAGAAGCUUUUUAUGCUUUACGAGAACAAGAAAUCGAUGUAUACAUACCAAAAUUUGAUGUGACAAUGGCUAAUCAACUCAAGAUUCCCACGCAAGAUGCUGGAAUAAACCUAAUUUUCAACAAUGCAACAGCUGGCCUAGAGAGCAUUGUGACUUGUAACCAACCUUAUGUCAGUGAAAUACUUCAGCAGCUUACCUACCAGAUAGACGAAACUGGAGUUGGCUCGAUAACUGGUAUCGCUGUGUCAAGUCAACAGACGAGUCAAUCAAGUCAUCACGUGCCAGUGUUCAGAGCUAACCGCCCGUUUGUUUAUUAUCUGUUUUAUAAAAGAUUGUUGCUGGCUGCUGGCACAGUAACUUACUAGUUUAACUUAGCUUUUACUAAGCAAAAAAACGAACGGGGAUGUAAUAGUCGCAAGCUGGACCAUGGCAGAAAAAUAUUUUAUAAGAACAUUAAAUGCUAAGUUUAAAAAUGUUAUAACCGUAACAAAUAAAUGUAUAUCAAAACCUAAAUGGAAGCAAAAUUAAAAUUUUGUUGUUUUUUAAUUAUUCAAAAGUGAGGAACGGCUGUCUUUUGACGAUCUUUGCCUCCGCGCGUGGUUACGAUUUACGAUAGGUUCUUCUUGUUAACAGCUACCUCAAACGCCUGACACAACGAUUAUAGCAAGGAAGGUCUUGCAUUGACAUAAAAAUAACAGGCGCCAGUAUUUUAUCAUACUUUAAAUGAUCCUAGCAUGAUGUUGACCAUGACAAAGAACAUGGGAAAAAACAUUUUUGUUUUUGUAGACCAUCGAAAUACAGAAACAACGAAAAGUAUUGAAUUGUGUGGGAAAAAUAUUAAUUACAGACAGAAAUUCUGAAAGACUUUGUUCUGGUUACACUAGCUUUGGUCCAGGUGUAAAAAAAUAAAGAUUUUACAUGUUUUAUUCACCGUGCAUGUGUGUUUUA